CAGUUCACUUUCGUUUUCGCCAGUCGUUAGACAAUCUUUUAUAGCCCACCUAAAAAUACAAUUGAUAAACAACAUGGCACGAUGGCAACUGUUACUUAUCACCACUAUCGCCAUUUACACAGCUGACGGACAAGCUAAAUCAGCCGCUUCCAGCAGGUCGAUUGCCAGCGAAAGGAUAGGUCGUUACAAAAGUUUACUCACCGAACACUUUGCAUUGCCGCGACACCCUUACCUCAACGAAGUUAAUUGGAUUAAAGCUCGUUCUGCGAUUGUGGAAGAAUUUCAGAAGAUCCUGCACAACGUACCGAACGUAACGAUGGAAAUCCAAGACUUUCAAACGGAGAUAUCUUUCGUGCCCAAUAUGUCAACUGACAUCAAAGGUCAGAAUAUCAUCGUUACAUUCUCUGGCAAAAAUCGUGGCAAAGCUACCGACGAGAUCCUAGUCAUCGGUGCUCAUUACGAUUCCGAAGCCUCUCCAUUAAUCAGUAUCGACGACAAUGGUUCCGGCGUGGUAGCCAUGUUGGAAGUAGCCCGCGGACUGGCUGAUGCUAUUGUUAACCGCAAAGCGAUUCUUCUAAACACAAUCAUCUUUGUCGCCUUCGAUAUCCAAAACGAGUUUAGCGAUGGCCUGGGGCAAACUGGGGGAAGUGAUUUCUUUGUUAAAGAAAAAUUGGCGACCAUCCUUGACGAACAACCCAAACCAGGUUUUCUUGGAGCUAUUGUCCUUGAUUCAGUUAUGAAUUACAAUAGCAGCGCAGGAUCCCAAGUUCUUCCCAGUGGAUUUGAUAAGUCAUUCCCGGAAGCGUUCAGUCAAGUGCAAGCAAACAUGUACAAGGGCAACUACGUGGCAAUGGUUACUAAGGAAAGACUCAGGAGUCUGCAGUUGGACUACGUUAUUGCGCAAGAAUGGAACAAAACUGAUACUCAAGGACAAUUUCCAUUAAUCCAGCUGGAAAUCCGUCGGACGGCCGCAUCGCCCGCGUUAUUUGAAUUUUUGAAACAAGAUCAUGUGCCAUUUUGGAAUCACAACAACAACCCACUGCCGGCCAUCCUUCUCACCGAUACCAGUAAAUGGCGAGGUGUCCAACGGAUGUGCGGCUUGGAGGUCUGCAACAGCACUUCACUUUUAACUGUAGAUCGGCUUAAUAUGCUGGACCAAGUUGUUGUGACACUGGACCACUUCAUCUCAAAAUCUCACUUGAACGAUUCGGCCGCAAUCGAAACGGGCAGUGGAACGUCAACCUAUGCUAGCCUUUCUGCCACUCUUUUGACAGUCUUGGUCGCUUACCUUUUGUGAACUAUUUCGGCUUAUCUCUGCCACUAGCAAUUACUGCAUAGAAAAAGUUUCUGAAAUAGCAGCAAUUAUAAAAGCGGAUACCUUUCGUGUUCGCCAAAAUUUCUUCUCAUAAGAUUUAAUUUACAGUGCCAACAUUACUGUGACAAAUACAUGUGCAUAUAUUUGCCCCACAACACCAGUGACCUGAAGAGAAAUAAAGAGCCUACUUCUUAA